CACGCACUCGGGUCGCCACUCCGCAUCUUCAGCCCCGCUCGCUCAGCUCACAAUGUCGCAGUGGCAGCAGCAGCGCGCGCAGCCCGCGCCCGCCUCGCCCUGGGCUGCCGAGACGUCCGCCGCACCGCCAGCGACAAUGGCAGACCCGUACGCGGCGGGCGAUGGCAGCGGCAGCAGUAGCAGCGGCGGCGAUGGCUUCGGCUCCGAGCCGGCGCAGCGCGGCGCGCUGCCUGGACGCCUGGGGCGCUCGCAGGCCGUCGCGCUCAAGGACCUGCGCGCCGACGAGGUCGAGUUCAUCCAGCGCGCGGCCAUGAAGAUGAAUGUCAUCCGCUGGAGCAGCUUUCUGAUCGGCGGAGGUCUUGCCUUCCGCUUCGCACGCCGCCGCAACCCGCCGCUCAGCAUCCUGGCCACCCUCGCCGCCACGACGAUGGCCGGCUUCGGCGGCGUGUUCGCAGCCAUGCCGCUCAUCGUCUACACGGCACGCAACGACUUGGCGCGCGUCAAGGACCCCGAGCACCUCAAGCGCGUCAUGCAGAGCGCCGCAAGCGAAAUCCGCGGCGGACGCCCGGGCCAGAAGGCAAGCUCGUCGAGCUCCGCGGACCCACCCACUGGCUUUGUCUAUGAAGACCUGCCCGCGCCGGGCGGUAACCCGAUGUCAGAUGGCUUCGUGCAGGACGGCACCGCGGGCGGCGGGAAGAGCCGCUGGGAGCAGCUGCGAGAGGGUGGCGCAGCGUCCGCAAGCUCGGCUGCAGCGCAGAUGGGUAGCAGAUCGUCGGAGCGCACACCUUCGCCGAUGCAGCUGCAACAGCAGCCGCAGCCGUCGCUUGGCCGGACAGGCGCACAGGGUAGCGCUGGCUCGUCGUACGUCGAGCUCGAGCGCGAGCGCUUCCGCCAGGAGUUCGAGCGCGGCGAGCAGAAGGAGCGGAGAGGCCUCAUCUGAGCAGAGCAAAUGCACAAACAUCACACACACAGGCGG